CAGAAAGAAAUUGAAACGCACACUGACAUCUUCCACAGCCUGGAUGAAAAUGGACAGAAAAUCUUGAGGUCUCUGGAAGGUUCUGAUGAUGCAACCUUGCUGCAGAGACGCCUGGAUAACAUGAACUUCAGAUGGAGUGAACUUCGGAAAAAAUCUCUUAAUAUUAGGUCUCAUCUAGAAGCCAGUUCUGACCAGUGGAGACGGCUACACCUUUCCCUCCAGGAACUUCUAGCGUGGCUGCAGUUGAAAGAAGAUGAAUUAAAACAACAGGCACCUAUUGGUGGAGAUCUUCCCACAGUACAAAAGCAGAAUGAUACACACAGGGCUUUUAGGAGGGAACUAAAAACUAAAGAGCCUGUUAUCCUGAGUGCACUGGAGACAGUACGAAUAUUCCUAGCAGAACAGCCUUUGGAGGGCCUGGAAAAGCUCUACCAGGAACCUAGAGAGCUGCCUCCAGAGGAAAAGGCCCAGAAUGUCAGUCGACUCCUGAGAAAGCAGGCAGAUGAGGUAAAAACAGAAUGGGAUAAGCUGAAUCAACAAUCUUCUGACUGGCAAAAGACGAUAGAUGAAGCCCUUGAAAGACUGCAGGAGCUUCAAGAAGCAAUGGAUGACCUAGACCUGAAGCUGCGCCAGGCUGAAGCUAUCAAGGGGUCUUGGCAGCCGGUUGGGGAUUUGCUGAUUGACUCUCUCCAAGAUCACCUAGAAAAGCUGAAGGUUUAUCGAACAGAAAUUGCACCUCUUAAAGAGAAUGUGAACAGUGUUAAUGACCAAGCUCAUCAGUUUACCUCAUCUGAGAUCCAGCUUUCCCCAUAUAUGCUGAAACGCCUAGAAGACUUGAACACUAGAUGGAAACUCCUACAGGUAGCUAUUGAUGAACGUAUCAGGCAGCUGCAUGAGGCCCACCGGGAUUUUGGCCCUACUUCUCAGCACUUCCUUUCAACUUCUGUCCAGGGCCCCUGGGAGAGGGCAAUUUCUCCAAACAAAGUGCCCUACUACAUCAAUCAUGAGACGCAAACCACCUGCUGGGAUCAUCCUAAAAUGACUGAGCUCUACCAGUCUUUAGCUGACCUGAACAAUGUAAGAUUCUCAGCAUACAGAACUGCCAUGAAGCUCCGAAGACUUCAGAAAGCCCUCUGUUUGGAUCUUCUGAGUUUGUCUGCCGCAUGUGAUGCCUUGGACCAGCACAACCUCAAACAGAAUGACCAGCCGAUGGAUAUACUGCAGAUUAUUAACUGCUUGACUACCAUUUAUGAUCGACUGGAACAAGAGCACAAUAACCUGGUCAACGUCCCUCUCUGCGUAGAUAUGUGCCUCAACUGGCUUUUGAAUGUUUAUGACACGGGUCGAACAGGAAAGAUCCGUGUCUUGUCCUUCAAAACUGGUGUAAUUUCUCUGUGUAAAGCACAUUUGGAAGAUAAGUACAGAUAUCUGUUCAAGCAAGUAGCCAGUCCCACUGGAUUCUGUGAUCAGCGUCGGCUGGGCCUCCUCCUGCAUGAUUCAAUCCAGAUCCCCCGCCAGCUGGGUGAAGUUGCCUCUUUUGGUGGCAGUAACAUUGAACCCAGUGUUAGGAGCUGUUUCCAGUUUGCCAAUAACAAGCCUGAAAUUGAGGCAGCCUUGUUUCUAGACUGGAUGAGACUUGAACCACAGUCCAUGGUAUGGCUGCCAGUGUUACAUAGGGUGGCUGCUGCUGAAACCGCUAAACACCAAGCCAAGUGCAACAUCUGUAAGGAGUGUCCAAUUAUUGGAUUCAGGUAUAGAAGUUUAAAGCAUUUUAAUUAUGACAUCUGCCAAAGUUGCUUCUUUUCUGGGCGCGUUGCAAAAGGUCAUAAGAUGCACUACCCAAUGGUAGAAUACUGUACACCAACAACUUCAGGAGAAGAUGUUCGUGAUUUUGCCAAGGUAUUGAAAAACAAAUUCCGAACAAAGAGAUACUUUGCAAAGCAUCCACGAAUGGGCUACUUGCCCGUACAAACAGUGUUGGAGGGAGACAACAUGGAAACGCCUGCCUCGUCCCCUCAGCUAUCACAUGACGAUACUCAUUCACGCAUUGAACAUUAUGCUAGCAGGCUAGCAGAAAUGGAGAACACAAACGGAACAUACCUGAAUGAUAGCAUUUCUCCUAAUGAGAGCAUAGAUGAUGAGCAUUUAUUAAUCCAGCACUACUGCCAAAGCUUGAACCAGGAAUCCCCACUCAGUCAGCCUAGAAGCCCUGCACAGAUUCUGAUUUCUUUGGAAAGUGAAGAAAGAGGUGAGCUAGAGAGAAUCCUAGCAGACCUGGAGGAAGAAAACAGAAACCUGCAGGCAGAAUAUGACCGACUGAAGCAGCAGCACGAUCACAAAGGACUGUCUCCACUGCCAUCCCCACCUGAGAUGAUGCCCAUUUCCCCCCAGAGUCCCCGAGAUGCUGAACUCAUUGCAGAAGCUAAGCUGCUUCGUCAGCACAAAGGCCGCCUAGAAGCCAGAAUGCAGAUCCUAGAGGAUCACAACAAACAGCUGGAAUCGCAGUUGCACAGGUUGAGGCAGCUGCUGGAACAGCCUCAAGUAGAUUCCAAGGUGAAUGGUACAGCUCAGUCUUCUCCUCCUACCUCAUUACGGAGGUCAGAUAGUAAUCAGCCAAGGCUUCUCCGUGUAGUUGGCAGUCAAACGUCAGAAUCCAUGGGUGAGGAUGAUUUGCUCAGCCCUCCCCAGGACACAAGCACAGGGUUGGAAGAGGUCAUGGAACAGCUCAACAAUUCGUUCCCAAGUACAAGAGGAGGAAAUGACCCUGGAAAGCCAGUGAGAGAGGCCACAAUGUAGGCAGCCUUUUCCACAUGGCAGAUGACUUGGGCCGAGCAAUGGAAACCUUAGUUACCGUGAUGACUGAUGACAAGGUGUUAGAAUAGCAAGAUGCGUUUUACAACUUCAGGCGUCCCCGCAUGGUUUUUAUAAUAUUCAUAUGACAAAGGAUUAGACUGUAAGAGUUUACAAGAAAACAAAUCUAUAUUUUUGUGAAGG